UCCAAUAACUWUGUUGUUCGCAUAUGUAUUUCUGUCAGGCGUCAUUUUUGCCACCAUCGGCGCUUCAAGUGUCGUGCCACCUCUGGUUUGUUCACUUUCCACACGACMAGCCAGCUKGUUUUGUGUGCGCGCCAGCGAUUUUUAUUCUUCAGUCGCAUUUGGCAAUUUCGUGCGGUUCGUUGCUACUACUUCUGCCCGUGACAGCCACUCUAGCCGCCAACACUAUAUUUGUACUGUCAGUGAAACCGUGCGGUACAUUUCAUACGCACUCGGUGCAUAAGUAAACCUCGCGCGGUGCAUCCUUGCUUUCCUGCUGGCACCACAAUGAAUUGGGCCAUUUCGAAUUUGACGGGCGGCAAUCGUGUCAGUCGUGCCAUACUCGUGCGCUACUCCGCCGUGCCGUUGGCCUCGGAUGCGGCGGAUUCGGUGCCGCAGACACCAUCCUCUACCGGUGCGGCAAGCGCGAAUGUGUCGACCGCAACAUUUCCGGGUGCCUCGUUYCUGCAUGCGUCCACGUCGACGUCGUCGUCGCGCCAACAUGUUCCUGGACGCGCUGUGCCACAGCAGCGCGGUGGUGCCACCGCAACACAGCUAUCACUGCCACUGGAUGUGGAGGAGACCGUCACCUGUUUUUGUAGGUAA